AUGGUGGAGGUGGUAGGUGGCUACCUACUUCCAUUUUUUACUAACAUCAGCAACAAUCCAGCUUCAUGGAGGGAAAUUGCACAAAAUGUAAAUUCAGUUACUAAAGGAGGACAAUUUGAAAAUAUAUUGUCUUUGAGUUACACUCACUUGCCUCAUUAUCUGAGGCCGUGUUUCUUGUACAUGGGAAUGUUUCCUGAGGAUUGUGAGGUCCGUGUCUCAAAACUCAUCAAAUUAUGGGUAGCUGAGGGAUUCUUGAGACGUCUGAGCAGAUCUAAAACCUUAGAAGAAGAGGCGGAAGUGUUUUUGGAGGAUCUUGUCAAGAGAAACCUUGUUUUGGUUACCAAGAGAAAGUGUGACGGCAGGAUCAAAAGUUGCAGCCUCCAUGAUCUGAUGCGGGAUUUGUGCAUAAGAAAAGCGCAUGAAGAGAAGUUUCUUGUGAACUUCAGCAGCGGGCUUUCAGUAAAGGGCAGAAAAAAUCAGCGCCGUGUAAGUGUUACUCGUUCAGGUUUACCAUAUUUUCAAAAAAUAUAUGGCUUAACCCUCCAUACAAUUUUGUGCUUCCAUGGCAUUUCUGUAGCAAACAAGUUGGAAGGUUUUAGAUUGCUAAGGGUAUUGGAUGCAGGAAAUGUUUAUGUGCAUUCACUACCAGAUCAACUAUUUGACCUAUUUUAUCUAGCAUACCUUGCUGUCUACUAUCCUGGAAGGAUAUCUACAGCCAUUUCAAAGCUUCGUAAUCUUGAGACUUUAAGCCUUCGCACAAAGAAUGAUUGGAGGAACUUUAGAUUACAUUUCUAUUUGCCACAGGAGAUUUGGAGGAUGCCAAGAUUGAGACAUCUUGUCUUCUAUGGCAGGUUACCAAAUCCAGAAGGAAUAACAGCUUCUAGUCUAGAAAACCUCCAAACACUCUCUAUAGUGUCACAUACCAUGUGUAGUGAAAGGAUCUUGAGAAUGAUCCCAAACCUAAGGAAAUUGGAAAUUGAUUGCUCUGAUGGCGAAAUUUUCCUCAACAAUUUGGUGCAUCUGCGUCAACUUGAAGAUUUGAAGUUACGUUCAUCUUUUAGAGUUGUGUUUUACCAUAAGGAUAUCUUCACUUUUCCUAGGACUCUGAGAAAGUUGACAUUAAGCCGUGUGCUUCUUCCUUGGAAGGAGAUGACUGUUGUAGGCUCGUUGCCAAAUCUUCGAGUGCUUAAACUGACUCAUUGGGCUUGCAAAGGCAGCACAUGGGAAACAAGCGAUGGAGAGUUUCCUAAACUAGAAAUUUUGGUUAUAGAAAGGUCGUAUCUCAAGGAUUGGAUAACUGAAAGUAGCCACUUCCCAAUGCUCAAAAGCCUCGUGCUCCACGAGUGUUCGGAGCUCGCUGAAAUACCAGAAGAUAUCGGGGAAAUUCCAACACUCGAGCUGAUUGAGGUGAAGGGGAAAGCGCGAACGUCACUUGUGGAGUCGGCCCAGAGGAUUCUAGAGAAACAACAAGAGUGGGGAAAUGAUGCCCUUCAAGUUCGUUGCAUGGCCCAUCGAUGA